UGGUGUGUACAUGCUGCACAAUAGUCAUAAAGUGUGGCAUCACCUAUUAACAGGUAAACAGCUGAUUUUCGCGCCAACCAAAAGGUUUUACAAACAACAACAGAGAAAACUAUAAUAAUACGAUGCUUUGGACAGGCUAAUUUUAUUGCAUUUAUCGAUAUUUGAAUAAUUUAUAAUAUUUUCAAUAUGUCCGAGGAUGCCAGCACUUCUUCGUUUGGUUUUAAGAAACGAAAUAUUAGAAAACAAGCAACCAUACGUCGUAAACAAAGUAGCAGUUCAGAAUCAGAGAAGAAUAGCGAUGGUGAAACUACCUCAGCAGUUGUGCGUAGUGAUAAUCAACGUAAACGGUCAAAUCCCAAUUUUCAAAGUACCAAACAAUUGGUCAACAAGAGGGAACGAAAAACUGAGGCUUCCUCUGAAAGUGGGAAUGAAGAUGAGGAUAACAAAAUAAGUGUCUCUUAUAAGUCGAAACGAAGUGCUUUGCCUAGUGGACCACAAGAUCAAGGGGCUACUUCUAUAAAUGAAACAGACACAGCACAGGAUCGUGAUGCACAAGCUUUACAUGAGAAAAUGUUGAAAAUUAAUAAAGAACUUGAAGGCAAGGCGGAUGAUAAAGUCUAUCGCGGUCUUAAUAACUACGCACAAUACUAUAAAAAAGAAGGCACAGCACAAGGCAAUGCCAGUUCUGGGAUGGUUAGGAAAGGACCGAUUCGUGCACCAGCUCAUUUGCGUGCCACUGUGCGGUGGGACUAUCAACCUGAUAUAUGUAAAGAUUAUAAAGAAACCGGUUAUUGCGGGUUUGGCGAUAGUUGUAAAUUUUUGCAUGAUCGAAGUGACUAUAAAGCUGGUUGGCAACUGGAACUCGAUCAUGCAGCACAGCAACGUGGUGAAGCCGAAUCCGAUGAGGACGAUGCGAAAUAUGAAAUACAUUCAGAUGAGGAGACGUUGCCGUUUAAAUGUUUCAUAUGUCGAAAUAGUUUUGAAAAUCCGGUAGUGACGAAGUGCAAACAUUACUUCUGCGAAAAAUGUGCUUUGGAAAAUUAUAAAAAGUCACAGCGGUGCAUAAUUUGUUCACAACAGACAUAUGGCAUUUUUAAUCCUGCAAAGGAAUUAUUAGCGCGUUUUAAGAACGAAUCCGAAAGUGGGAAAUGCGUUUCAUCUGACAGUGACUAGCCUUAAGUAGUUAAUACAUAUAUAGUUGUUAGUGUAUAGAGUUGUCAUUGGAAAUAAUAUUUUUUACUUUUUUAUGCUCUGUGGCAAAAUAAAGCAAUGAUUAUUAAAAGUUUUAAAUGAA